UCGAGGAGGAACCUCACGCACCAACUAAACAGAGUGCUAUGUAAAUAAACCCAGUUCGUGGUUUUUUUUUGCUGAAAGGUAAGCGUGUCUAUCAUUUGAAGUGACCAUAUAUCGGUGUCACACAUCGACAGAGUGAUCAGUUGUUCGUGCAGGCUGGUCGCGGUCCUUUCGCGACUCAGUCAGGGAGGUUUCUCGUUGCUGGUGGAUACCUUUUCUACACCUCGCAGAGAGAGCAGAUGUUUCGGUCCAGAGCCGAAUACUUCACUUUAGGCUGUUCCCUCCUGAUCCCUUGUGACAGCUCUUUGAUGAGAAACACACGCUUCUACACGCUUUGAGGAUUACUUUGAAGGGCUCUUGCUUGUGCGCAAAGACAGAGUUGAAACUUUUGAACGGACACUCAGUCAACAUGACGGAGAACAACGAGAUGGAGAACGAAUCACAACCUCACUGUACACUUCAGCGGACGCCGAGCACCCUGUCCAUCACGCCUGUGACAAAGCUCCAGCGUCUCAAGUGCUCUCUGAAAUUCAUGCGCAGCAAGAGUGUGGAGAACUUCUUCCAGCGCUCGUACAGCGAUGCCCGCUUGCCCGCCGACUUCCAGACGGACCCGCCGCCGCCCUCGCCGCCCCUGUUGCCUGGCACCCAGUUCCCCGGUGGCUUCCCUCCGUCGCCGUCGCCCUCGGUCAGCCCCAACCCCUCGUCCAGCCCGACCCCGUCCAUCCCCCCGACGCGGCCCCAGCUCACGCACUGCCUCCUGGAGCACGUGUUCCGCCGGCCCACCAGCUGCCAGCUCUGCAAGCACGUCAUCGUGGGGAACUCCAAGCAGGGGCUUCGCUGUAAGAACUGUAAGAUGGGAGCACAUCUCUGGUGCUCCUCAGAACUCUCACAGCAGCCCUGCCAAGGAAAGUCUGGGAUGUUCAAACGCAAUUUUAGCUCUCCGUUGCUAGGCAACGAUCAGCUGGGCGUGGUCAAAGAGACUCCACCAGAGCCUAAUCCAGGCGCAGCGGUGGACCCAAGGGCUCGUAUGGAUCCUAUCUACGCGGCUCUGCGCUACGGCACCACCCUGGCUCAGAUGAGUCGCUCCAGUUUUGGGAGUGUGUGUGAGUCUCCUACCCGCAGCCUGGGGGAAGGGGGGGAUGAGGGGGAUGAGACAGAAGAGAAGGAUGAGAAGGAUGAGCGAGAUGAGAUGGAGGACAGCGAGGAGGGGCAGGCAGGCCUGGACGAAGAGGCUAUCGGUGAGGCUGGAGACAGCGAUUGCCCCUUUCCUGAGCCUGAGAAGACAGAAGAAGCUGAAGAUGCUGUGAAGGUGCCCAGACAGGUGCACUCCAUCCAUACUUAUGUUGCGCUUUACAAGUUUCUGCCACAGGAGCCGAAUGACCUUGAACUCCAACCUGGUGACAGGGUUCAGGUGACCGAUGACUCCAAUGAGGAAUGGUGGAAGGGCAGGUGUGGGGACAAGCUGGGCUUCUUCCCGGCUAACUUUGUCCAGCGGGUCCGUCCCGGUGAGAGGGUGUGGCGGGUGACGCAGGGUGUCCAUGGCAACCGGGAGAUGGGUCACAUGGCAGUGAAAGAGUCACAGAUUUGUGUUGGGAGGGAUGAGGACAGUGACGGCUUCCUGAAGCUGAGCAGUGGGAAGAAGAGGGGUCUGGUCCCAGCCGACUCCCUGGAGGAGAUUUGACAGCGAUCAGCAACCACCCCUCAGAGAUCUGCACAAGAUCUCCCUCACAGUACAUAGCCCUCUCCCCACCCUCCGCCCAUUUUCGUCCCACCCAGGUAUCCGUAGGCCAGCCAUGCCAGUCCUGCGUAUGUCCAGUGGUUUAGUUCUGCUGUGUCCAUGUUAGCGCUGCUGCACUGCCUUCCGCCCCACGCCGCUGCCCAGCUGAAGCCUCCGUGUGUGGGCUCCGUCACGUCCGCCUGAUCCUCCCCCGUGGGCCGUCCCACACCCGCCUAGUCCAGCACAAUCCAGCCCAAAGCCCCAGAAAUCUCACUGAUAUUCACAUCCACACACACAGACAGGUGUAGAUAUAAUCAACCACAUACUGACACACACGCACACACAUUUACGUUCAUACACACACAGAUUCACCCUCUUACACACACA